UGAGAAACGGCCGACGAAGUGGAUGCGGAAAAAUCGUAUUCGAGUUCUACGAUGAAUUAGUUGUAAUCUGGGGAGGUUCAGCUGCCACUAAGCCCCUUGAGUUUGGUGUGAUAUUGGAUAACUUCCAGUGUGCAGAGCAGGAGAGUGAGGACAAUACCCUCAAGAAUUCAGUAGUAGUCGAAGUUGAAGAUGACAAAGUAAUCAAACAGACAACUUUAAAUGUGCAUGACAUGGCAGAUUUUGACCUCGAUAUUGACCAGCCUGAUG